AUGCUAGCUUUUUCUUUGAGAGGCUCCAGAGUCAGUUUGGGACGUAAUUUGGCCCGAGUCAACGUCUCUGGUUUCAGAUACAAAUCAGUUCAUCGUCCUGAUAACGGAUCUUCACAAGAUGCUUCCGAAGCUGCAGAUGCUGCACCUACUAUUCUUGCAGAAAAGAGAGACCAAUUCAAUCAUCCUAAUAAAGCAACAUGGCUUGAAGCUAUGAGAGAAAGAGAAAAGCAAUUAGCUGAAGGGAAAGUGCUUGAUUCUUAUACUUAUACUGAUCCGAUCACAACUGAGGUUGGUGAAAAAACCAGAAAUGAAUCCUUCACAUAUUUGGCUUUACCCUUUAAAGAUGAUCAAUGGUUAUGUGAUUCCUACAUCAAUGCCUUUGGUAGAUUAAGAGCAGGUAAUUUAUUCCAAGAUUUGGAUGCUUUGGCCGGUAGAAUUGCUUAUAGACAUUGUUCACCAGCAGAACCUGUUAAUGUUACCGCAUCUGUUGAUCGGAUCUAUAUGCACAAGAAAGUGGAUGAAAUCAGUAAUUAUAAUUUUGUGCUUGCUGGAUGUGUUACUUGGACAGGUAAGUCAUCUAUGGAAAUCACUGUUAAAGGUUAUGCAUUUGAAGAAGUUCUUCCAGAGGUAGUUACUCAAGAUACUUUACCAGAUGAAAAUGUUUUUAUCACUGCUAACUUUACAUUUGUUGCUCGUAAUCCUAUUACUCAUAAAUCAUUUGCUAUCAACAGAUUAUUACCUGUGACAGAAAAUGAUUGGUUAGAUUAUCGUCGUGCUGAAUCUAGAAAUGCAAAGAAGAAGUUGGCUGCAAAGACUCAAAAGAUCAUUCAACCAACUGAAGAAGAAAACCAAUUGGUUUAUGAUAUGUGGAAGUUUUCAAAGGAAGUAGAUUUAUCCAAUAAGAAAGGUGUUGCCUUCACCAAAGAUACCAAAGUUCAAUCAACUUCCUUUAUGCAGCCUCAAUAUAGAAAUAGGCAUUCUUAUAUGAUUUUUGGUGGUUACUUAUUAAGAAAUUCGUUUGAAUUGGCAUAUUGUGCAGCUGCUAGUUUUGCUAAUGCUGGUCCAAGAUUUGUUUCAUUAGAUUCAACUACUUUUAAAGCUCCUGUGCCUGUUGGAUCUAUUCUUUUCUGUGAAGCCACUGUUUCAUAUACUGAGCAUAUUCAUGAUUCUGAAGAGAAUGAUUUGCCAUUUGAUUUCCAUUUACCUUCAACAAAUAAACUCUCCGACAAACCAAACACAUUUCUUAAUGAACCUGGUACAUUGAUUCAAGUUAGAGUUGAUACUUCUAUAAAGAGUUUGGAAUCCACAGUCACAAAGGAAUCAGGAACUUUUAUCUAUUCUUUCUUUGUUCCUCAAUCAUCCUAUAAUGGUGCUCAACCUGAAUUCUGUACCAUUAUUCCUCAAACCUUCUCUGAAAUGAUGGAGUAUGUUGAAGGCAGAAGAAGAGCUCAAGAUACUGCUGCCUUUGUGUCAACCUUAUAG